AUGGUCGGGAAAGAAGUAAGAGAUUUCGGUUCAUGGGACUGUUCGCUGGAUGCGACCUUUGUGACAUCUGGAACAUACAAAGGAUUCCCGGAACUUCAACAAACUCAAGGUAAGAUCAGGUUUUGCUCGAAAAAUGAGCCAAAAAUGGCAGAUUUUCAGAUGUUUUCCUUGGAAAAUGCACGUUUUUGAUCAAAACGCGACGGUUUUUAGAGGAAAUUUUGAUAGGUAUAGAUGUUUAUGAUAUUUAGCUGUGUUGUAAAGGGAAUAUUGUUACUAUUUCCGAGCUUAGUCUGUUAAGAAAUGGCAAUUGAUUCAAGCUUUUGCUAAAAAACCGCUGGUUUUUGAUGGAAAAACGUUCUUUUUCGAAGAAAAAUUGAUAAACAUUGAGGACUAAAUAGCUAUUGAUGGCUGUGCAAAUAAUGUACGUUGCUUUUGAAAUGUAUUGUAUAACGAUUUUCUUAUUGUCAUUACACAAAAAUGACAAUUUUUAUCAAUUUUCUUUAAAAAACUCCCGAUUUUCCUUAAAAAACUUUCGUUUUUGAUCAAAAUCCGGCCGUUUUUGCUCAAAAACUGAUGAACUAUCGACUGGACAUUAACGUAUAUUUAUUGUAGAUGGCACUGUGUUUGUAUUAAAGCAACAGACACGUGAUGGAAGCCGGUUAUUGUUCAGGAAACUGCCAGAAGAACAGGAAUUUAAGCAAAUUCCCUGUCUAAGUCCGAUUAAAAAUGGAGGUAAGCGAAUGUUUGGCGGGCUGUUUCUUUUGUUUAUGGAUUGAUUUCGAAUAUAAAUACUCUUUGAAAUGAUAGGGAAAACAUUGAAAUAUCUAAAAAUAAGGUUUGGAGUUUGAUUUGAGGUUAAAAAGUAGCCAGAACUUUUGUUUUUAAGAGGUUUUUGAUGAUUAUUACGUAGUGUAAUAUUCAAAAACUUUUAACAAAUUUUAAAAUGAUGUAUUUUUAGUAAACGCCUACGGAGCUUUGGCAUUUUUUGCCAAAAGUAACGACGAAUAUGCCUUCACCUCACCAGCUAAAAUAACCUGGAUCAGACCCGAUAGCGAGCCGUUUGUAAUCGAGAAGGAGAAUGUAGAGUUUGGAGAUUUAUUUAUACAUGAUAACUAUUUAUACGCCUUAAUGGAGGACAAGGCCCACAAACCAUCGGAACAGUCGAUAAUCAGGAUAGAGUAUGGUAAAGAGGGAUUGUUCGCAAUGGCCAAAGGCUACGACUUCUUUGGAUCGCCAAGAGUUAGUCCAGACGGCCAAUACUUGACUUACCUGGCUUGGGACAAUCCUAACAUGGUAAGACUGGACAUUUUUUUAUUUUAGUGGCUGGGUGAGAUAAAAAAAUAUAUUGUCGUGGGGCGGGAUAAAAAUUUAUUUUUUUUUGCUGGCAGGGGUAAUUUUUGAAUUCACAAAGGGUGAACCCUUAAAAGUUUCAUUUUUAAAUAGAAAAUGCGAAAACUUUGUUUACAUUCAAAUUUUAGCCAUGGGACGCAACAACAGUACACCUGGUGGAGCUACAAAAGAACCCAACUACUGCGAUACGAAUUUUACCUCACCUAGAGCAAGCUAGUACGAAUUAUCAGUCAAUACAAUGGGCUCCAGAUUCCCAGUCUUUUUACUUUAUCAGCGAUCAUAACGAUUUCUGGAUGAUAUACAAUUACGAAGUUGCUACAAGUAAGACUUUAUGACAUUUCUAGAUGUAGUUUUUUAAUUUUUUGAAAAUUGGGUAUGGGGUUUAAUAAAAAAUUGCAGUUUUUUGGGGUUUUUCUCACCGAACACGAGAAAAUCAAAUUUUCAAAAAAAAAUUUAAAUCUGUGCCAUUCUAUUUUGACCCAAUGUACGGAACCUCAAACAUCAUUUUUAGAAAGAGCAUAAUCUCAGCUAUUUAAUCAUAUUGCUUUAGACGAAAUUCAUCGGGUAGCAUUUGAGCACGAGGCCGAUCUGGGUGACGCUAUAUGGCAAGUUGGAGAUGACAAGUUUUACUCAGUAAACGCCAAUUUCGUCAUAUACACGGCAAAGGAAGCGUUAUACAAGAAAAAUUUGAAGAGUGGUGAGAUUACCGAGAUUAAAAUUCCUGGAUUCAACACUUUUUCAAAGAUUUUUAUCAAUUCGGAUAAUGUUAUCGUAUGUUUGGCUCAAGGCGCUGUUAAAGGUGACACUAUACUCACGAUUGAUGAGAAAGUAAGUUUUGGCUUAUAGAGUUGAAUAGUUUGGAAGGGUAGUGAAGUAUUUAGGAAUAUUUUUGAAAAAAAUUAUUUUGAAUUUUUUUUUAAUUUUGAAAAAUUUGAACGUUUGAACCCUCCUGUGGAUUUUUUUGAUUUUUUAGUUUUAAACUUUAAAAUUUAGGAAUGACAACAAAAAAAUUGUACAUAUUUUAGAAUCAAGUAGCUCUAAUCGAUGAAGUAUUCAACUCAUCGCCUCUAGAACAAUAUGGAUUCGGCCAGUAUAAACUAUUGGAUUAUCUAGUUAAAAGUGAUGAUGGCGAAUUAUUUGUCGUUACCGGCUACUUUUAUCCUCCUGUGGUGGGUUAUUGUGAUUUUUUAGUAUUUUUUUUAGUAAAGUUGGUAUUAUACAUUUUAACAUGUUUUGAGGUUUAAAUUUAAACUUUUUUUUUUAAAAUUUUUUUUUAAAUUUUAGCUAAUCAAUCCUUUCAGAAUCCCAGAUUCGAAGGCCCAGAAGACGAAAAGCCCCCAGUUAUCAUAAUGGCUCACGGCGGUCCAACCGCCCAAACCAGACCCACUUUCGACAAGAAGAAGGCCUUUUACCAGUCGAAAGGCUUUGCCAUCUUCGACAUCAACUAUCGCGGCUCCACGGGUAGAGGACGACGCUACAGAGACGCGUUAUACGGACAAUUUGGCGAUGCUGAUGUGAACGAUGUCCUAUCAGGCAUCAACUUUUUGAGAGAUCAGGGGGAAUUCAUCAAUCCAAAAGCAGUGUUCAUCACCGGAUCAUCAGCUGGUGGAUACCUACUGUUGAGAGCGCUGAUGUAUAACAGGAAAGCAUUCAGGGGGGCUGCAUGUUCGUACGGCUUCUCUGAUAUCAAGGCUUUGUGUUCUGAAGACCACAAGUUUGAACACGCUUACAACUUCCACUUGAUCGGUCCGAAAGACGAUGAAGCGGUAGGUCAGAGCAUGAUUAAUAUUGAAAUUGAUGGAUUUUUGCUAUUUAAACGGAUAAAAUGGUAAAGAUGGUUAAUAUAGUGUUAAUCUUGAUAAUAUUGAAAGGUUAUACCCAAUGAUUUAACACUAUUUUAGAUUUGGAGAGAACGAACCAUGAAAGGCAAGCUAGACAUGAUUCGCACGCCGACCAUCUUCUUCCACGGCAAAGAAGACCCAGUAGUACCAUUCACCCAAAGCAUCGACGUCUACGAGGAGCUGUGGUCGAACAAAGUCAAAACCGCUCUCGAACUGUACGAAGGCGAAGGUCACGGAUUCCGAAUCAAGGAGAAUGUGGAGAAAACCCUGAACCGCACCUACAACUUCUUCUGCGACGUCCUCCAGGUGGAUCCAGGUCGAAGCAUUGAACUCAACAAACCAGCCAUCAAAUUAAGAUUCCCCUAUAGAGCACUCCAUCCCAUUCUACGUUCUGUAUCUAAAAUUUAAAUAUUGAAUUAACUAUUCGAUUUACAGUGUAAAUUAAAAUUAACCAGAGAUUGGAAAGUUCAAUUUUUUGAUUUUUAAAUGAUUAUGAAUGGAUAUAAAAACGAUUUUAAAAGAAGAUCAUAAGUAUAAAUAAUAUUUUUAUAAUAAAAAAGUUUAUAAAAACUUGCUAUUUCACGUUUUCUUAUCACACAUAAGAUUUCAAUAGGUCCCACCGCGAAAUCAAAACAUUUGGUGAUACGCUGCAAGUAAAAAAUAAUUUAACAAAUUCUCUGUAAAAUGGGUGUAAACCAACUCUUUUCAGCAACUCAUUGCUAUUGGGCUGCAGCUGUAGCUUAUCCAGCACUAGAAUUUGCCAUUCAAGGUAUGUUAUAUUGAGUUAGGUUUAAAAACAGAUUUUUUUAGUGAACAGAGACGAAAAAAGCUUUCUGGGGAAGUUACUAGUGAAAAGAAGCAAAUUCAAAUGGUCAGAAGAGAAUAUCAACUUGUUCGACGAUGAAUUAGCCGACUACACAGCACAAGAGGACGUGGAGUUAGGUGGAACAAAGGUAAUAUUGUUGCGAACGCAAUCUUUUACAUGUCGUUUGUUUAAGUUUAGAAAACCGCUUGAAGUUAUGAAGAUUUUAAACAGUUUUAACUUAAAGUUAACUUCAUAUUGCUUUCUAAAUUUAUAUUUUUCUGUAGGUCAACUUUUCUACACAUCCAGGACUUCACGAUCGAAUUUUCAGUAUUUUUUCGGCCAAAGACGGUGUUGAGAUUGACAUUCCGACACGAAUAUUGGCUUCAAACGUGGAAGAGUUGAGGAGUAUCUUGCCAGAAUCUAUUAAACAGUAUGUUAUUGUCUUUUUUUAUUAUUGUUUUUAUGUUUAGGUUAACAAGCAACACUUUGACAUCAGAUUCGUUAAAAUUGAUCAGUGAUGAUGAACUUAAAACAGUAUUGUUGUCUGAUGAAGCGAGGAAGUUUAUAUUUAGACGAUGCGUGGAGAAAGCUAGUUUGUGAGUCUAAUUAUAUUAUGGCUAAUAUUUGGGACUUUUUUUAUCAUUUACUUCUUCAAUAUUUUGAAAAACAGUUAAUAUCAUCUAUAAAAAUAUAAAACUAAUUGAUUUUUCAUAUUUUACUUUCAUUUGAUAUACUUUGAUAACAAUAUACUAUUUCAGCUGGAUGUACAUGUUUGUGCACGGCUUCGCCGACAUUGGAGUCUAUAUGAUGUUCUUUCCCAUGUUUAAAACACUAAAACCUAUCAUUGGAGGUUAUGUUAGUUUAGUUGUGACGAGUUUAGUAGCAUUUGGAGCAUAUUGGUUUGUGGUGCAGCCAAUGGUGACAAAGUCCUAUGAUCUGCACAUUGAUCGGAAGAUUAUUGAGCGGUAAGGGCGUAAAGCUAGGUAUUUUGAUGUUUUAGGUAGCAGAAAAUGUUUUAGAUUGAAAAACAUAAAAAUGAAUGAAUUUUUUGAAAUUUAAAGGUUAAGAUUUGAAUUUUAAAGUGCUUUUAGGUUUAUAAUAACAUACCUUGACAAUAAUUUAAAGUUUUUCUUUAGAAGACCCGACUUGGUCAAAGGAGCAGUUGAAUACCUGGAGAAAAGCCAAAAAUAUUGUCUAUUAAUGAAUCGUAUGGCUAAAAAAGAUCGUGGACAUCCAUUUACACUAGAUGGUAACCCAACUGACAAUUCUACACCAUUCACACUUCGAUUAGAAGGUAUCAAACACACAGUGAAGGCGAAAGAAACGGCGAGACGGAAAACAUACGUUUGA